AAAGAAGAACAAGGGAGGAGGAGGAGGCGGGCCUUGCUGGCGUUCCAGGCGCCCCCUUGCAAAGCAAUCAUUGGCGCCUGAGAACGGUCGCGGCGCCGCCAUUGGCUGUUCGGGCCAGCCACUCAGAAAGCGGCGCCGCUGGGCGGUGUAGGCAUCCUGCCAGUCAGCGCAGUCAGUCAGUCAGUCGCUCUUGCGCUCUUCUCAGCCUUUCUCUCUUGUCUUCGGCUACUUUUGUCAGUCCAAGCUGGGAUAAUACGCGUCCUUAAUCAAUGAGGUCGGCGGGGAGCGUGCCGUGAAAAGAGGCUUGAAAUUUUAAAAGCAAAUGUUGGAAGAUGUUGGCUGCCGAAACAGGGAUUGUAGAAGAGUGGUUAUCAGAAUUCAAGACGGUGCCGGAAGCAUCUAUUCCAAGCUAUGCUAAAAAUCUGAAAGACAAAAUUUCUCUGGUUUCAUCUCUUUAUAAAGUUAUUCAGGACCCACAAAGUGAGCUGCUGGAGCCAGUCUGUCACCAGCUGUUUGAAUUCUAUCGCAGUGGUGAAGAACUUCUGUUGCAGUUUACAUUGCAGUUUCUGCCAGAAUUGAUAUGGUGCUAUCUUGCUGUGUCUGCCAGCAAAGACCUACAGAGUAGUGGCUGCAUAGAGGCACUUCUACUUGGAGUUUACAACUUGGAAAUAGUUGACAAAGAGGGACACAGUAGAGUAUUAAGUUUCACAAUUCCAUCCUUAUCAAAGCCUUCAGUGUAUCAUGAACCAUCAAGUAUUGGUUCCAUGGCUCUUACUGAGGGUGCUCUCUCUCAGCACGGCUUAUCCAGGGUUGUGUACAGUGGACCGUAUUUGCAAAGAGAGAUGCUGACAGCACAAAACCGGUUUGAAGUGUUGACAUUCCUUUUAUUGCGAUACAAUGCUGCCUUAAGCUAUAUGCCUGCAGUUUCUCUUCAGUCAUUAUGCCAGAUAUGUUCAAGGAUCUGUGUUUGUGGAUAUCCUCGCCAGCAAGUGAGGAAAUAUCGAGGCAUAAACAGCAGGAUUCCAGUUUCUUCCGAAUUCAUGGUGCAAAUGUUAACUGGGAUUUAUUAUGCUUUUUAUAAUGGAGAAUGGGAUCUGGCUCGUAAAGCAAUGGAUGAUGUUUUAUACAGAGCACAACUGGAGCUGUAUCCAGAACCAUUGUUGGUUGCUAAUGCAAUAAAAGCUUCAUUGCCUCAAGGUGCCAUAAAAUCUAGUAAACAAGGUAUUCAGGUUGAAAUUACACCUACAGCAUCUAGAAUAUCAAGAAAUGCAGUCACCAGCAUGUCUAUUCGAGGUCAUAGAUGGAAAAGACAUGGCAGUGAACUAGGAAUUCCAGAAGAAGAAGUAAUAGACGUCACGGAAGUUGAUGAAGGUUUUUACUCUAGGGCUACUUCUACUACAAGUCACUCUGCUUUUUCAAAUAGCAGCACCAACAGUAACAAGGCUCUGCUGGGCAAGAAUCAGCGGAAGUCUGGAGGAAGCAAAGUUGGAACAAAAGAAAAAGAAGUUAUUGGUGAAUCCUAUAAAGAACACUUGUCUCGUAAACAAAGCCAGAGAGCGAUGAGUGAAAAUCUAGAGCUCUUGUCUCUAAAGAGACUGACCCUGACUAGUAGCCAAUCCUUACCUAAGCCGGGCAGUCAUAGUUUGGCUAGAACAAGCACCACGCUCUUUAGUAAAUCCUUUGAGCAGGUCAGUGGUGGCGUGGUCCCAAAUAAUCACAGCAGUACAGAGGCAAACAGGUUUUCAGUGUGUAGUCUGCAAGAGGAAAAUUUUAUUUUUGGAGCUGAAAAAACAGAACUUAUUGUUCCAAGUAAACAGUCGAAUCCACAGCGACUACCUACUAUCAGCAUUACACUGACAACAGACUAGCAAGUCCUUGGCUAAUUGGUCAGUAUAAAUGAGGUUUUGGGUGAUUCUAGUACUGUACAGUAUGAUACCAGCUCCUCCCCCUUUCUAACAAUGAAGUUGUCUUUUUGAAGAUUAUACUUAUUUGAAAGUAGGGCUUUACGUUUCCAAUUUUAGGACUUGCAGUGUUUUAAACAGGGGAAGGGGAAUAAUUCUGUAAGUAUUUUACAGUAAUUAGGUUAUAGCUUCUGAGACUUUUAACUUCAUGAAAAUUCCUGAUGGUGAUACAAUUAAGAUUAUUACAUUGCGGACCUCUACCAGUUUGUAAAAGGCUUUUACUAUCUGAUGUGAUUUAUGAAUUGCUGUAACCCAGAUUUUAUAUACAUGGUCUGUAUACAAAGCUGUAACUGCCUUCUUUUUUGCAGCAAGGAGUAAACUAGAAACUGCUGUAUACAUUUCAUGAGAGCAGUUUAAACUUUUGCUGAAGGUGGCAGCUUGUGCCGGGGGAAACAAUCCAGCUGUGUGCAUUCAUGCCCAUAAUUCGGUUUGGUGGGUUGAAGAUGUCACUGUGUUCAGGGUCAAAUUUCCAUUUCUGGCACCAGCAUGAAAAAUAGAAUUCCGUGCUUUUACGUUCAUGAAAUCACCUGCAAGAAACAUUUUUUAGAAUAUAGGGCUUGUAUCCGAUUGUCUUGCUGAGGAACAAAUGAGGUUGAGUUUCCUUAAGCACACCAUUUGCUAACAUUUGGAACACAUAUGCACAAUGUUCAGUGUGUGCUGUCCCCUUUGCCUUGUGAAUGAAAUACAUGAAAAUGUAAUGUUUGGGUGGUAAUGUUGAUUGAUUGUGAUCUCACAAAGAUUGACACAUUGAGCUCUGUAUAUAGUUCUGUAUGUAAACCUAAAAUUUAGUGCACAAACAUGAAGACAAGGAGAUGAUUAAAAUUCCUCAAUUGCAAGUACAUUUGAAACAUCAGGUGUUUCUGCAGUUCAGAUAUGACAUUGCUGGUGAGCUUAUGAUAAUGAGAAACAAACUUUCUUUGUCUACCUCAGAGUCUUCAAGUUAUCAAAGAAUAACAUUGGCUUCCACUUCCUACUGUGUUGCUAAUUUAGAACAGAAUAAUAUACUUUGUAGGUUUUAGCAAGUGUGACAUGACAGUACAAAAGCUAUUUUUUCCUUUUUACUCCUUUCUUGUAAAUUGCAUCAAAUUAAAACGUAAUGUCUUAUAAUUAGGUGAGUCACCGCAGAAAAAAAUCAGAAUGGAAAAUUAAUAGUUUUCAUCUUCUAAAAAUGUGAAAGUCUGUUCUUGAUACAAUAGUCUCUUAAGUAACAUUGGAGGCUUCACCAGUUUCAGUUUUAUAGGCUUAAAUCUAGAUCACACUAUAUGAGCAGAAAGUGUAUUUGUUCAUAGAGGUAAAUACAUUAUCAUUUCUCUUGUGUUUGUAUGUUGCCUAAGAGGUUUUUAGACACUCCAGGACGCUAGGGUUACUACUGGGAGCAUGCGAGAUGAAUUUGAGGGGAAAGUCAACCACAUUAUCUAUGAUGAGCAGAAAACUAUUCUUGUUCGUGGAAUCUGUCAGUCUAAGACAUAAGGCUCAUAUACACUGACUACUUAGGUCAGUCCCGAACCAGUUUGGCGGAAACCAGUUUCGCUAUGCUAUGAUGGUUGAUUUGCUCUCAUCCCUCCCUUAAUGCUCGCUACUUGUAUUGCUACUUUUCAGUUAAAAUACAUUCCAACACAGAUUCAUCCUGAGUUCUUCUAAGGUAAUGUUUAAAAGGUACACAAGUGUGUAUAGGUUUUACCCCCCAUUUUUGUUGGCUUUUAUGCUUAAAGUCACAGGCACCAGAUAUUGUGAAUAUACAGCUUUGUUUGUCCAGUAAAAAAAAUUCUCACACUAUUUAGUUAUAACUUAUGCCUUGAAAGUUUAAAAAAUAGCUGCACUGAAUUUACAUAAAUUCAAGUUUUUUAAACAGAUUUCUUUACUAAGAGAUUGCUGGAAAAUCUCUUGUUUUGUACACAAUCUGAAUUUUAAAAUGGAUGGGGCCUAAAUUUAAAAUGUUGCUUUAAUUUUCUGAAAUCACUGAUAUGCAUACCACAAUAACAGUAUUAAUAUGAUGUUUAACAAGUUAAAACAUUUACUGUUUUCUACAUAUUAUACAUUUUGGCAUUGUAAUACAAUUUUAAUUAGUAUAGGUAAAAGCAAAUGACUCUUAUACAGGAAUAUAAGCCAUUACAAGUGAAAGUUAUUAUGUUUUCCUAUAGUUAACUAUUUAAAACGCUGUAAGAUUCAAAAAGAUGGCUUUUAAAAUGUUUACACUGCUGUAGAUUUUGGACAAUAGUAUUUUUGAUUUAAUAAAACCGAAUUGCUCUUUUUUGCACAGUCAAAUAAUCUUGUUCUAGAAUUUCUUCAUAUGAUGCAAUGAAUGUUAAAAUACCAUAAUGUUGGCACAUGUAGGUUUGCAAAUCAGGCUUGUUGGCUGAAAUAACCUUUGUAGACAUAGUUGUAUGUAUGCCUAAUUGAAACAAGAGAUUGUGAACAACUUUUACUGUGUGUGUGAAAUCAAAGGAAGUUCCAGUACAUUUUGUUCAAAGACACUCAAGGUGACAUACACUUGUUAAUUCAACUCUGUAUACAGUAUGAAAGUGUUAUCUGGUUAAUUCUACCUGUCUGGGAUACUGAUUUGACUUUGUGCAAUUCGCAUAUAUCCAACUUUACAAAAUGAUGAGCAUUUACCGUAAAUUGCACAUUCUAAAACUGAUGGGGAAUUCCUUCUCUCUGCCAGCUGAAUGCCUGCUGAGUUCCUGAAAAAUUAGCACUUAGUUGAGAGCAGUGGUAAGACUUGGAGACUGCUUACAGUCACUAGUUAGCGGAGGCGAAAGUUUUGUUCUGGAAUAACUGUGCUGCUCACACACAUGUGAAACCUUCACAGCAUUCAAAGAAGUAUGGUAUCAGCUCUCUAGAAUGUGGUAUGCAUUCUGAUUUUGGUAUCUAAUUAUGCUUGAGUGUUAGUAUUUACGAAUAUCAACAUCCAUAAAGUUUGAGCAAAUGGUAUCUUGGCUUUAAAAAGAUUUGAAGGUACCUAGCUGAGCCCAUAAAAUGUUUAGGGGUUGUUUGUUCCUGCAUCACUAUGAAUGUUUUCUGUUCAGAAAUUUAAAUAACACCAUUUUGUUUCCUCCUUUUGCUUUGAUUUUAACAACAGAAGGCAAUUUAAUCAAUAAUUCAUUACUGAAUUGUCAAACCGCAGUCAGUGGAAUUAACCAGUAUAGAUGGUCUGUGGGUUUUGUUGUGUAGUGAAAUAGUAUAGUUGGGAUGUUUUUAUUAUGGUUUGCUGUGAUAAGUGGUUUGGGGGGUUGUUGUUGUUUUUUUUUUUACAAAAAAAGAAACUAAUCGUAAUGAAAAUAUUUGAAGACUACAACUGCACACUGAAAUAUUUUAAUAAUUGUUUAUUGAAAUAACCAUCUCAUUGGAAACUAAAGAUCUAUGAAUGUAACUUUGAGAUGGGCACCAUUUUAUUUUCAUUAUUUUGAUCUUUCAGUGGACAGAUUUCUGGGAAUUAAUAAUGGCACUAUUUUGCAUAGUUCCUAAAUACAGAAGACAACAUAACAUUGGCUAUUUGUAUAUUUUUAAUAACUUGCUUAUUACAUGGAAAAUGAAACCUCAUUUAAUACAACUUUCCUAAACAAUGUGAACUGUACCAAUUUCACUUUUUGUAGUGUAUGUUUAUGAAUACUUUGUUUGGGAAACAAAUGCUUGUUUUGUGUAGUUUAAUAAACUAACUGUUUAUCUUGA